UCUGGGAUAAAACUGCGUCCUGUCGCUCUCCCGCUGGACUUGACUACUUGAAAGAUAAAUUCUGUUGCGUCAACUGUGAGCCUGAGUGAAAGGACAACCCGGUUGCCUGAUCUACAAACGUGGGGGUUUGUUGGACUUUGGACCGACCCAACCGAACGAGAUAAGAACGUCCUGAUCCGCCAGGGUCAUACCUCCACCUCUCGAUCUUCACCCUACGCCUUAGAAAAUACAGAGCAUCAAGCACCAUGUCCCGUCUCCUCUCAGAACCCAUCACCUCAGACCCGGGCAGCACCGCCCUCGUAACAGAUCUCAAGAUCUCUCAGGAUCACAUCAUCGUCCCGUUAGAUAAUUCCGAAAUCCACGUCUACGACACCCAAGGCAACAAGAAACAUGUUCUCGAGGGCACCAAAGGCGCCGUCUGGGCAACCGCCGUGCAGGGCAAUUUGCUCGCCAGCGGAGGCACCGAGGCCGACAUUCGAACCUGGGAUUUGUCAACGGGAAAGCCCGGGCCGAUCUUGAAAGGCCAUACAUCGACCGUGCGCGUGCUUCGCUUCCUAAAUGGCACGCAGACCUUGUUGUCGGCAUCCCGCGACGCAACGAUUCGCGUCUGGGAUGUCCAGAGUGGAAAUUUCACCGAGAUCUUGUACGGCCAUACCAGCACCAUUCGCAGUCUGGAGGUCUUCCCGUUAUCAAACGCCUUCGUGUCCGCGGGCAGUGAAGGCUUCGCGAAUGUCUGGAGCACCAAGGAUUACUCGCGUCUGCACAAGCUGGAGGGCCAUGAGGGUGCGAUCUACUGCGUGGCGAUCGAUCCCAAGGGCGAAAUGAUUGUCACCGGGGGAAUGGAUGAGACGGUGCGCAUCUGGCGGGCUGACGAUGGGGAAUGUCUCGAUGUACUUCACGAGCCGUCCGGCGUCGUUGGCAGAGCCCAGAUCCUGGGGGAUUCCACCCUGAUCACGGCCGACUCGUCGGGCUUCGUGCAUGUUUGGUCACUAUAUACCCCUGCGCGCAUGAUCUCCAAAUUCCAGGCUCAUGAGGACCCCGUGGCGGCCUUUGACGUUCGCGGUUCCAAGUUGGUGAGUGCCGGUGGUUCGAUCCUGCUGAGUAACAUCGAGAGCGGAAAGACCGUCGCCACGAUCGACGAUACCGCGCACUCCGUAUUCAAGCUUGGCUUCCUCGACGAGAAUAGGAUCGUUGCGUUGGUGGCUCGCGAUUCGAAGCCGAUGAUCGAGAUAUGGGAUGUCAGUCAGGCGGCAUCAAGUGAAUAAUACCAGCGUGAUAAUCUUGGUUUGGAUUAGCGAUUUUGAAGAUAACCCAUUUCGUUUAGGAUAGCAAUCUAUUUCUACAUUGAAG